GCGUACUCAGCAUUCUCGUUGCAGAACUUAAAGUGAAAACAACACGUUGCGUAACCGAAGCGCACUCAAGAAACAAGAAAGUUAAAAAAACAUACAAAUUUCGUUCUACACUGCACAAAAAAAGUGAAAACAAAAAAAAAACAUAAAUAUCAAAAUGGCAACCAGCGCUUAUGAAUUAUCAAAAACUUAUCGCUAUCGCAAGGUGAUGAAGCCACUAUUGGAACGCAAGCGCCGUGCGCGCAUCAAUCAAUGCCUGGACGAGCUAAAAGACUUGAUGGCCGAAUGUGUACAACAGCAAAGUGGCGAACCGGAGGUGAAAUUGGAGAAGGCGGACAUUCUCGAAUUGACCGUCGAACAUUUGCGUAAAAUGCGUCAACAGCAGACGUGUGCACGAAGCGCAGAUGAAGGUGCACGUCAGAGCUUUCGUUCCGGUUAUAUUAAGGCGGCGCAUGAAAUUUCGCGUUGCCUCGCCACUCUGCCGAAUGUAGAUGUGCAAUUAGGCACACAUCUGAUGACACAACUUGGCCUGCGUCUCAAUCAAUUGGAGUCGCAAUUACAAGAAGUGCGCACCGCCGUCAAUCAGCCUCUAAAUGUGAACUGCGGUCCAGCUACACCGCCAACAACCAGCGCCUCCAUGUACAGUCCAGUUUCCAGCGGUUAUGCCAGUGACAAUGAAUCGACCACCUCAAGUCAUUCGGCAACGCAUAGCAGUGGGCUAUUGCAGGUGUCGUCAACGCAAGUGUGGCGUCCGUGGUAAGGAGAGGCGCCGAAGAACGACGAGCCGCCGUUACCCUGCAGCCAUUAGAUGCGCAAGCAAAGAUUAUAUUGGACUUGAGUUAAGUCUAUAGAAAUAAUCUCACAACGGUCUCAUUUGAUUUAAGUUGAAUUGUUUUUUAUUUAAUUUUAAAUGAUUUCAAUAUUUUUUCGUAAAAUGUUAUUAGACAAUUAGCUGAAUAAUUAACUAGGAAGUUGGUUUUGUGAACUGUGAUAGGUAAAGCUUUAGUUACAUACAAAUAUUUGUACUGUAGUAGUUUGUAAGUAUCAAGCACCAAUUGUACAUAAAGGUGUAUUUAGUAAAGUAUGUAAUGCAAAAUGAUUAUGCAUACAAACGAGAGAUACAAAUACAUACAUAUCUUAUUACAUUAAACGA